AUGCAGGCGGUUCUGGUCACCAACCAGGUCUAUGCUGGCAGCUUGGGGGCAGAAGCCUUGGCUGCUGCUGCGAUUGGCUUCACGGUUCCUAUGGCUGCAGCUCUAUACUUUGGCGAGCCAAUUGCCAUACACAUGUUCAGGCAGGACGUGGAAGUAGCAAAGUUGGUUGCUGUGUACACGAGAGGCAUGAUCCCAGGCUUGUGGCCCUAUAUCUGGAGCUGCGUCAUCAUGAAGGCGUUGCAGGCGCAGAAUCUGAUGUGGGCCCCAGCAUAUGUGACAGUUUCGAUGUUCUUCCUUAACAUUGGCUUCAACGCCGUGCUGGUGGCCCACUAUGGGUUCACCGGCGCUGCCUACGCCCAGUCAGCUUCGCGCAUCGCCCAGUUCCUGCUACUUGUGGUGAACGUGCUGACAGUGGGCAAGGCGUGCCUGUCCUUUGAGCGCGAGCCCAUCGUGGUCCCCUACCCACACAAUGACAUCAGCACCACCAGCCUCAUCAAGGCUGCCUUCGACUCCUACAAGGACGACGAGGAGAGCUCCCAUCACGAGUACCGCAAUGGUUCUCCAAACAGCCCGCUCCCUCCCUUUCCCGUGAACUCCGCCCUGCAGCACCAAACAUCUGGCGGCGCUGUGAGCGCGCCAGUGCCGGAGGUACCCUACGUAGCGCCGACCCUAAAGGCGGUGUUUGCGGAUGCGGUGGCGCCGGCGACAUUUGCAGAGUUCCUUAAGCUGGCUAUCCCAGGCGGCCUCAUGAUGCAGAUCGAGGGCAACAGCUUCGACAUCACCAACGUUCUCGCCAGCCUUCUCGGCACGGUGCAGGUGGAUGCGCAUAAUGUGAUGCUGACGCUGUGCGAGUUCAGCUACGUGGCGCUGCCCUUUGGCAUCGCGACGGCCGCCACCAUCCGCGUCGGCAACAUGCUCGGCGCCGGCAACCACGCCUCCGCACGCAGAUCCGGCUAUGUGUGCAUAGCGCUGUGCAUGGCGUUUGAGGUGGUGUCGUGCUCGCUCAUCUUCGGCUUCCGCCACCGACUGGGCUACCUCUUCGUCAACGACAAGGACGUCGUCGACCUCGUCUCCAAGAUCGCGGUGUUGGCGGCGCUGUACCAGCUGCCGGACGGGGUGUAUGGGACGGUGUCGGGCAUUCUGCGCGGCCUCGGGCGCCAGCCGCAGCUGCUCUGGGUCAACCUCACCGGCUUCUGGGCGGUCGGCAUGGUCACGGCCGUCGCACUCACCUUCCCCCUGGGCCUGGGGGAGCUGGGCCUCUGGUGGGGCGUUCUCUCUGGCAUCACCGCCACCGCGGCGAUCUGCUCGGUGAUGCUGGCAAUGGUGGACUGGCCGGCGGAGGCUGCCAAGGCGCAGGAGAUGAUCGCGCGAGCCGCUGCGGAAGCCGCCGCGGAAGCCGCCGCCGCCGCGGAAGCCGCUGACGAGGACGCUGCGCCGGACCUGGAAGCUGCGCCCAUCGUGCAGGCCCCGCCCUCGCGCACAGGGGAGGGAACAUCGGCGCAAGAUCCGGCCGACAGGUGGGCGCACCUGCCGCGGCGCGGCGGCCCGGCCCGGCCGCUGCAGAUCCGGCGCGCAAAUUCGCUCUCGCAGCGCAACUCGGGGCUCUACGGGUCUCUGCACAACCACGACGUGGCCACGCGCAUGUUUGCUCCCGGCGUGCGCAACUGA